UAAAUGCUAUUCUCAUUAUUGUUACUACCAUUACUUUCUUAGUGCUUGAACACUAAAGUUUAAUGUAUAAGAGAUCCAUUGACUAAUGCUUGCGAUCAUCUAACUAUUUAUUUUAAUCCAACAAAUCCAAUUAGAAUCAAUUCAAUAAUCAAAUUAGAAUUACCCUUCACAAUUUAAGGAGAAGAGGAAUUAAUACUUUCAUCAUUUGAUGGUAUGAAUUCAUAAAAUAUAUAGAGUCAACUAUUGGCUUAUUAACAUUAAAAGGGAACACUCAUUUUACAGUGUCUUAAAUAUUACCUGAAAAUAUUUGGUAUAAAUGCAAUCUUACAUUAUCGACAGUCUUAUCUAAAAAAUAAAAAGGAAUUGGAUAAUUUUAAAUGAAUAUUGUAGCAUCAUAACACAGCAAUACUUUAAUUUUAGAAUAAGGUCCUUAAAUACCAUUAACAUAUUCAGUAAUUAAUUAAAUUUACAGUCCACCAUCUAUCACACCUAUAGCCACAGUAAUUCCAUCCUCUUCAGGAACUUUAUGUUUAAUUUCAGAUUGGGGAUUUACUCUAAAUAAGAAUUUAGUUAGACAAUAAUAAUCAAUGACAUUUACUCUCAGUUAUGAUGCUACAAAUGAUAGACUUGAUGUGAUUCUAACUAUUGAUUCCUUAAAUAGUGCAUUCAUUAUUCAUAGAGAAUGUUAUUUCUAAGGACCUGAUGUAGCAAAGUUUUCUACUGAUUGCACACUAAAACAAACUGGAUCAAAACUAACAUUUCAAUUAAGAAGUCAAGAUCCAGUUCUAUUAAAAUAAUAAACUGAAUAUUUACUAGAGUUUUUCAUUUCUCAUCAAGGAGAUACAAUUACAGCUAGCACAUUCACAGCAGAAAUCUAUCAUGAUACUUAAUUAAUUGAUUAAUGUUAAUCAUCUAAAACAUUUCUAAUUGAUGAAACUGAUUUACCUGUGACAUUAAAUUAAAUAACUGAGGUUGAACUAUAUUUAGAUACACCUAAUAUUGGAGUACCAACAUUCAUGGGUAUUUCUUUUAGACCAAAAAAUAUUCAAAUUGAUACUUUAAUUAGAAUUGAAUUAGGAUUCUUAUCUUAUGAAUCAUUAAAUUGUAAAGUCUUUUAACUAGAAAUUGAUUAGUUUAUGCCUUCAUUGUCAUUUUCACAUUACUCAUAUGAUUCUUAAAAUCUCUAUUUUUAUUCAAACAAGAAUAAACCAGAUCAAGUUUAAUAUAAAUACAGUAUUAAUUGUACUGGAAUUACCAUUUUAUAGACAACUAAUAAAAUUUUCAGAGUUUUAUAUGAGGAUUUGUUCCAUACAAUAAUAUAAUAUUAUUAAACUAGACAGCCUCCUAAAUUACCAACUGAUUCUUCAACUUAAUAAUCUGCCUCUUUAAAAAUUGUCAAAAGCAUUGAAUUACUGUCUAAAAAAUUUAAUAAUCCUUUAGUUAGUAGUAUUAUUACUUUCAAAAUAGUGCCUACAUAUGGAAUCUAUAGAGUUCUUAUAGAAUUCCCAUCAUCUUAUACGACAAAUAUUAUUAAAUGUGUAUUGAAUGAGACCUCUUCAGUAUUUUGCACUUAAGAUUCUCUUAAUCCAAAUAGAAUAAUAAUUUAUUUGACAAAGUAUCAUGAUAGUGAAUUAAUUAAAGAUUAAUUUAAUAUCACAGUUUAUGGGAUGAUUAACCCAUUUGAAUUGAAUUACAAUAGUAAAAUUUGUAUAAUGUUGGAUGAUGAUAAUAUUCUAACCCCAUUAUAAUUUGGUAAUGAGAACAACUUAAAUGGUAUUACUUAAUACGAGUAUAUUGAAGAUUAUAUAAAUCCAUCAAUUUAUAAACAACUACCAACUAGCGAUUUUAGAUUUUCUCAAUCUUUUGCUAGAAUGUAUGAUGUUUUUUUAAUUGGUAAUAUUACUUUCUCUAUGGAAAGUAUUAAUGAAAGAAAUAAAUUGUAUUUGAGAAUAUCAGAUUAAUAUACAAUUUAUGAUUUAAAUUGUUAAUUAAUAAAACUUGGAGAUUUACAAUUAAAUAAUUAUAUAAGUUCCUGUAAUUCAAAUUAAAAUUACAUAGAAAUGGAAUUAAUUACAGAUACUGGUAAUAAUCGGUUUAGUCAGCAAUAUUAUUUAAAUAUAUCGAAAUUCAGAACUUAAGAUUUGAUUUCCAUAGAAUAAUAUGGAGUAUUGCAACCUAUGAUUUAAUUAUUCUUAGCUAGAGACGAUAGUAUAAUAUCUUUAGAGAAUUAAGUUAAUGGAUCGUUUGUUAUGAAAACCUUUAAAAUUCCAUUUUAUUGGUAUAGCAGGGAUGCAGAGGGUGAAUAUAAAAGAUUAGAAGUACAAUAAGGAUUCGAAGAUAUAAAAACUUAUAAAAUAUAUCUUAACCACUUUGGACUAGAAAGAUUAUAUUUAGGACUUGGCGAUGUUACAGAUAGAUUCAAUUGUACGAUUAACUUAUAAUUACCUACGAUUCCUGAAGAUAUCAUCGUGUUUGGUUAAAGUAGUAAAUAUGCUAAGUAAUCAUUCAGUAGUUAAACUAUAACAUAACCUAAAUAUAUAGUAAAGUCUAUGACAGACGAUGUUUUUUAUGAAACAAUAAAAGAUACUGAAUUGAUGAUUAAUCCUGGUGAUAGUGGUUUCAUCUUCAAUAUUGCUUCAAAAUCAUUAGUUAAUAUCAAAAUUAGAGUUCAAAUCAAUUACACCAUAUCCUUUCCUAGUCGUAAUUCUUGGAAUCCAAUAUAUUAUUACUAUCCUUAUACUGAAAUUCCAGUACUAUAUUUAGAGAUUGUUCAUAAAGGUUGUGAAUUAAUUCCAUAAAAGUCAUCAUAUGAUUUACCUGUAAAUGGCUAUACACAUCCUAUUAUAAUUGAUGCAUCUGAAUGUAUACCUAUAGUUGAUACUUAACUAAAUGUCACUAUUUAAGAUAAUAAUAAGCUUUAAUUAGUUCCUAUUUAGAUGAGCAUUUCCAGAUAUAGAUUUGAAUUGAUUAAAAGAACUACUAGAAGGCCUCCUGAAUUCAGCUACAUUUUUUAAAUCAAAGCAACAAAUUUAACUGUUGCUGGCAUAAUUACAUAAGUUCUAAUUAACAAUAUUGCCAUUUCCAUUUCAGCUAUUUUAGAAUAUAAGGAUAAACCAACUGCUAAUCCAUUAAAGGGUUUGUAUAGUUAAACUUCAAACAGUAUUUCCUUAUCAAUGACUUGUUCUUAGCCUUCUGAAAUUUUACUCGUUAUUGGAAUUGAUGAAAUAACUGAUGAAUCAUUUGAAAAAAUAAAAUCUAAUUCUAUUUCCAAUGAACUCACUGAAUAAUAUGAUUUAUUUAAAUUAUAACCUGAAAAUGCUACUCUCUAACAAGAUAGCAAUUACAUUUCCAAAUAUGAUAUAUUACCUAUAAGUUUAAUUAUGGAUAUCUAUAAUAAUAGAAUUGGUAAUCAGAUUACUUAUAAUGAUUAUGACAUUGCAAAUUAAGUUAAUUAAUCUCUUAUCAAGGAUAGUUCUUAUAAGACAUUAAUGAAUUCAAUCAGAAGAAUGAUGAUUAAUAGAUUAAGUUUACUUGAAAAAACAAGCCAACUUUAUUUAUAACGAAUCCAAUCUAAAUUUAACUUUUUUGAUAGUACUAUAUCCUUCACACUUUCAAAUUUGAAAUUUAAUACUAAAUAUUCUUUUGGCUAUUACUGUAAAAAUUUAAAUGGAAAUACAUCAGAUAUUUCAACUAAUUUUCAAUAUAUCUCUAAUGAAACUUCUAUAAACAAUAAGACUGUCAGUAAAAUGCUAUAAUUAAAAUUUAAAUCUAAAAUUUCAUCUCUACAAGAAAAUAAUAUCCUUUGUGCUUUAGCAUAAUAUUUAUCAAUAAACUAUUAUUAAGUUCUUUCUAGAGAAUGUAAAUAAUGUAGAUUUGCGAAUAUUCAUUAUGAUAAAAUAAAUUACACACAAUAUUUAUAAUUAGUAUAGGAUUUUAUUCCUUAUGAAAACAGAUCUUCAACUGAUAAAUAAAAAUAUAUAGAUAACUUAUACACUAUGAAAAUUUAUUUCAAUAAUUAUCCAUCUUCUAAUGGCUAAAAUUUUGAUAUCACUCAAAAAAUUGACAAAUCUUUAAAUUUAACUAAUGAAACCAUUUUAAACAUAAUUAAUGUUACAGAUGAUUUCUAACUAAUUUUCAAUUAUGAAACUUUCACUUAUUAAGAAUUGAAACCAAUUAAAAAAUCAAAUGUUGAAUUAGCUACUUAAUUAGUAUUAUUAAAUUAUGAAUUCAAAACAAUUAGUAUGGAUAUUACAAUAAAGGCUAAUUAAGAUGUACUUGGAAUAGUUGGAUUACAUGUAAAAAUAAAAAUAAACUUUAGAAAAUUGAGCCAAUAUUUGAAAAUGUAAUAAAACAUCCUACUGGAAUCAUGCUUAGAAGAGGUAUUUUAAGUACUUUCAACAAUAUAUCUGAGGGAGUCUAAUUUGCAGAAUUAGCAAAGAAUGAAAAUACAACUUUAACAUUUAAGAACUUAAUUGAUGGUUAAAAGUAAAAUGUAAAUAAUAUAUAGAUAUAUCAUUUAUUACUCAUCUACUGAUUUGCAAAAUGAUUGCUUAACUAAAUAAUAUUAAGAAACAGUCGUUUAAUAAAUAACAUUUAUUAGUUAAUUAUAAAGCUAAGAAUUUAAAAUGCAUAUAAAUAUAGCCCUAAUGCUAUUUGUUAUUUUCUGCAUUAUAUGA